CGUCCCUGUUGGGAGAAUCUACCCACUUGUUGAAUAGUUUUGUUGUGGACGUCCGCACAACGAUCGCCUUACCUUGACGACUGAAUUAAAGCUCAAUCAACACAAGGCGUUACGCCAUCCGCGUUAACCCGCAACACACGCAACGAAGACUAUCGAUAAUAUUGCAUUUGCGGCGGAUUGGAGAAGCGGGUGUUCGUCACUUGUGAGCGGUAAAACCGAACGCAUCUUUUUUCUUUCACUUCCGGUGUCUCGGUGAUAAGUUUGCAUCCGCUAAAGUCCUCCCGGGAAACAACUUUAAAUGGCGACAUCUUACCGGAAAGCAGCCCCGUCGACCAGCCUGAAGAAGAAAACCGCUUCGAAGAUUGAGCUGAGCGAGGAACAGAAGCAGGAGAUCAAGGAGGCGUUUGACCUCUUUGACACCGAUGGAACUGGCAAGAUUGACGUCAAAGAACUCAAGGUUGCCAUGAGAGCGCUUGGUUUCGAACCCAAGAAGGAAGAAAUCAAGAAGAUGAUCGCAGACAUUGACAAAGAAGGUUCCGGAACAAUCGACUACAAUGACUUCCUCUGCAUGAUGUCUCUGAAAAUGAGUGAAAAGGAUUCCAAGGAAGAGAUCCUGAAAGCCUUCCGACUGUUUGACGACGACUGCACGGGGAAAAUCUCCUUCAAGAAUCUGAAGAGGGUCGCCAAGGAGCUGGGAGAGAACCUCACUGAUGAAGAGCUGCAGGAGAUGAUCGACGAGGCGGAUCGAGACGGAGACGGCGAAGUCAACGAGCAGGAGUUUUUGCGAAUAAUGAAGAAAACCAACCUCUACUGAACCCGACAUUGUUCGAUUCUUUACCUUCUGCCUCAGUUUUAUUAUGAACACUUAGUUGUUUGGUUUGUAAAUAGACGCUUCUAUAACAUUCUGUUAUUCUGUAUCUUGAUGUGUUUUUCUAAAGUGAAAUAAAUGUUUUGGAACAUAAACGUAGAACU